GUCGAUCGACGAUUGCCUUAUACGUUGCGAUCGUGUGGACCAGUUCAUCCCAAUGUAUGUCGAUGCGAGCGUGCUAUACACAUCAGUUGUUUUUGGCGGGACAUGGAGAUAUUGAUGGAGUUAGCAUUUCUUUCAAAAUUACCCUUAAGGCUACGUGUGUUGGAAAGAAGAAUGUGAGGAUCACGAGCUACUUGUCACCGUUUUUUUUUUUGUGGAUUGCUGUUAACGUGAUAUGUUGCUGAAUGUCAUAGUUUUAUGAUAUUAUCUUCGGUAUAUGUUUUUUUUCUGAAUAACUAGUGAGAAACGCGCGGGAUCUGAAACAUCCGCGCUUCUUUUCGAGACCUUGUGUUACCAGAGCUUGUCCCUGCGAAUUGUUAUCGCCUUGUAUGUCUGACUAUGUUGAUAUAGCCACUUCGAGGAUCUUCUAUCCGCCCUUCCACAGUUAAAGGGUGUGUUUGCUGAGGAAACCCCAUUAUGCGAAUUCUAUAGAAUCGCGAUCUUAGGUUUUAACUCGCACAAUAUCACUAAAGGGCUAACUACUCAGACAGGCUGAAUGUUCCUUACAGAAAAGUGUUAGUAUUGCAAUAUCGGUUUUACAAUUCUUUUCGGACUGAAUGUUCUUCAUCAAACAACCAAUGUGAACUGUUGAGCCGAUAAUUAUGUAUAUACUUAUAUAUAGAUUCGAUUGGAAGUGAUUCAAUGCAUUUACACAUUAAUCGCGGAGCAAGAACGACAAGAUUCUUUCUGUUUCGCAAAGAAUCGUAAGUGGAUAAUUGAAAGCAGGAUAUGUUUCGCUUCUGCUCGGAUGUUAUGUUGUGUCCACAUUCUGGUUAAGCUGUGCCUAUAUAGAACUCGCCUUCAACGGCAUAUCCUCAUGACUUUGUGAAUAUGAUCAUUAUGGACUGACUUGGGGAUGCACACAUGAAAUCGCAACGCCUUAACUGUCAUUGUUUUAAGAAAUUCUGAUGAGUGUUGCAGAAUUAUACUUCUAGAGCCACUUCAAAGUCUUUGGUUGCAUCGUGAAGGUAUUUUUUGUAUUUCCUAUCAUCUGGUCAAAGAUGUAUGAUUGAUCUUGUCGCUAUGAAGAAAAUGAGGGUGAAAAGGAAGACACCCAGAUCAAAUCGGCCAGGAGCUACUGUUAAUGAUGCACCGAAUCGCAGUACUCCGCUUGUAGAAGUGGAUGGAAGUGGAAUUCGGUUAGAACAGGAUGAGAACUUGCAGAAAGCCCACUCAAGUACGGAUGGCCCACGUCCUUUAUUGGAUGACUCAAGACGUGUAUCUCCGCCUUCGUCGGAUACGAAGGAAACUGCAAAGCUGGCUGAGACGUACGCUGCUAUCGAACUCCUAGGCGCGUCUAUUGGUGUCUUUCAUGCUUCGACCAAAGUGCAUUCGAAUGUUCCUCAUAAAGGGGUUAAAAGUCGAGAAAGAUCCAAGAGUCCGGCCGGAGGGCGAAAAGACCAGAUUCCGGCCAAGAGCAAAAUGUCAUUGCCAGGAAGCGGCUUGGUAAGGGGUGAACACAAAAGAAGUAGUAGGGAGAUCAAAACAAUGAAAUCUUAUCCAGCAUCGAGUGCACCGGAUGUUUGGGAAAAGACGAAUACUCAACCCGAUUAUCUUGCUUACGAUCGCGAAGAGGGUUACGAUAGUGACGAUGAAGCAGACAUUGGUACCACUAGGAGGAUAAAGACAUUGGAAAAGCGUAGUCAGGUGAAGGACAUGCCAAAGGAUGUGACUGCAUCACCAAAGAAGUCGGGUUCCCCGGUUGUUCGAAAGAAGAUCACCAAGGUCACUCCAAGAGAAGUACCCGGGGAAGAUGAGUCAGACAUGGGACCUACCAGACUAAGAGGGAAAUAUGCGCCAUCAUCCUACCUUGAUAAACCUUUGGACGAGUAUGGUUCGAAACAAAGAGGAACGACAAAGACUGCAGGAGAUCCGAAAAAGGCUACCUUCAAGGCCCAGUCGCGUCCUAAAGGGGAUGACGAAAGAGAUAUAGGGCCCGCAAGAUUAAGAGAAGCUCCCGGGGAAGAUGAACCAGACAUGGGGCCUACCAGACUAAGAGCUAGAUAUGCUCCGUCAUCGACAAAGACUGCAGAAGAUCAGAAAAGAGCCACUGCAAAGGCCCAAUCGCGGCCUAAAGGGAAUGACGAACCGGAUAUAGGGCCCACAAGAUAUAGAACAACGUAUACGGACCUAGAUGACAGUUUGGACAGCAUGGACGUAUCUCAGAAUGCAAUUUCAGAGUCAUCGGUUAAGACUGCGGCAACCAAAGCAAAACUAAAUCCAUCAAUGGGAAAGACAAAAGGCAACAAGAAGGCCAUGGCUGGUGACUACAUUGGUGUCCGAGCCAAUGAAGGUGGUGCGUCAUCUUUUAAGAAAGACUCUUUGUGGAAAGAUAAUGUUGGAGGACUGAUCAAGAACGUCUAUGGAAGCUUGAUGAAGCGAAAUGAAAAGAACUCAGUCAAAACUGGACAAGGAAAGGAAGUGCGAAACAAGGAUGGUAGUCACCAAGGGAAAACUGAAACCGCAAAAGGUUUCACCGAUUCAUAUUCUCCCUCUUCAAAUUUGCCCACCCUUUUUCGCCAGCUGUCUACAGUCGCGCACUACGGAGAUUAUAAUGAUGAUGCUGGUAAUUACGAGGGAGGUGACAACAUCCCAAGCUACGAACCCGCUCCUCCCGAACCCGAAUCAGGGAUUAGCGGGGAAGAUGUUUCUUUCGGCGGUCUUUCGGCACCGCCGGAGAUCCUCGCUCGGGGCCCGAGAGCUCGCCGAGCAUAUGCCGAAGCGGCCCAAGCUGGCACGAAGAAAGUGUUCCGAACCCGUCUAAUGCUUGUGGGACAAGAGCGUGUCGGGAAGACAAGUUUAAAGAAAACUCUGACAGGUCAAGGGUUUGAUAAGAAUGAAGCGAUUACCGAUGGCGUCGAGACGACAAACGCUUGUGAAAUAAACAUCCAGGUCGCAAAAGCAGGAGGAAAACUUUGGUCUAUUCACAAGAAAGGGCAUGAAAAUGAAGAUGCUAAAGAGGGUGAAUACAGUAAAGCCCUUGCUGAUGAAAUAGCAAAGAGACUGAUUGUAACUCCACCACAGGAUCAAGAGAGUUUGGGACCUCAAAUUGAUGCAACAGAUGGCAGAGGCUUGAAUCCACAAGAAGCAGCUGCAUUUAUCUCGGAUGACGUGGAGGCGCCCACGGCUGGAAUGGAGGAUGUUAGUACUAAUAUGCCAAAUCAAAUCGCUAGCUUGGUGGAAAAAAUGUUGAAGGAGCAGCUUCGCAUGAAGGAGGUUGGAACAGACAGUACUGACGGUGGUAAAGACGAUGGUGUCUCGCUAAGUAUAUGGGACUUUGCUGGACACGACAUAUACUACACGACCCACCAGGUUUUCCUGACUUGGCGAGCCAUCUACGUAGUCGUCUUCGAUCUGAGUAGAAGUUUGGAUUCAGUCGUCCCUCCAGAGUCCAGAGAUGACUAUUAUGAAAUGGCUAAAGGAGGUGCCAAGGCAGAGCUGACGUGCCUUGAAUUCAUCAACUUCUGGCUGUGCUCCAUCUUUGCCCAUGCCGUGGCGCCCUCGUCAGUCGUGGAUAAGAAUGCAUCCAAAACCAGCCAGAAAUCUCCGCCCAUAUUCAUCGUCGGAACGCAUAGAGCGAGUGUGACAGGGGACGCAAAAGAGAAAAAUAAGAAGAUUGAUGCUGCUUUUGAGAAGAUCCGGAAGACUAUCAAGAAAAAGCCUUUUGAAUGCCAUGUUGUCCCCAAGUACUAUGCCAUUGAGAACAGCUUAGAGGAUAAAGAUGAAGAGCUGAUUGCAUUAAGGAGGCAUAUCGAGAAGGUUGCGAUGGACGAACCUUACAUGGGAGAAGAGAUCCCACUCAGAUGGCUUUUAUUUGAAGAAGCACUAGGAGCAGAUAAAAUCAAUUAUAUGUCUUUAGACCAGACCAAGGAACUGACGCGUCCCGUCGGGAUGGAAUCCGAGCGUGAGCUUCUCACCAUGUUAACAUUCUACCAUGAUCUGGGUUACAUAGUUUACUAUGGAGGCAUUGAUGACCAAGAAUCCGUCCUUAGGGACAUUGUCAUCUUGAAUCCUCAGUGGCUAAUCGAUGUCUUCAAGCAGGUCAUAUCGAUCUUGGACCCUAAAGAAAGGGUGAGUAAUAAAGACCUUUGGUAUCGACGAUCAAGAUUCUCUCCUUAGAGACAUAGUCAUCUUGAAUCCUCAGUGGCUAAUUGAUGUCUUCAAGCAGGUCAUAUCGAUCUUAGAACCUAAAGAAAGGGUAAUAUAAAGACCUAGGGCAUUGGUGAUCAAGAUUCUAUCCUUAGAGACAUAGUCAUCUUGAAUUCUCAGUGGCUUAUCGAUGUCUUCAAGCAGGUCAUAUUGAUCUUUGACCCUAAAGAAAGGGUAAUAUAAAGACCUUGGACAUGAUCAACAAUCUUGAAUCCUCAGUGGCUAAUGGAUGUCUCCAAGAAUGUCAUAUCACUCUUAGAAAUUGUAAUAUAAAGGCAUUGGUUGACAUUACAGAGUUCUGCAAGAGGUACGAUGACCAUGCGUAUCGCUUACAUAUUUUAAAAUUUGUAAGAAAACUUAGCCAUGCGCAGCGGUUUGGGGGACAUGUCUAAAAGCCACCGUGAAUGUCAGAUGAAAAGUAAGGACCAGUUAGAGGGUGGCAAUGAUUUUCUAGAAAAUUCAGCAUCUCACACGUAGGGGAUGUGACCAAAGCAUUAAAGGCGUAGGCUAACAUUACUUAUUUUUAAAAAUCCUGAACCUUGAUUUAUGUUCGAAUGGAUGAAAAAACACUCACAGGAGGAAUAGAAAUCAAUUUUGUGCAGACUCCACGUUAUAGUGUAUGGGCUGAAAUAAUGAUGGAGUAUCUGGUUACUUUAUGUGUCACUUUUUUGCAACAAUGAAUAAUGAUAUUUUGAGGCAAUUCUUCUG